UGAUUCACAAGUUUAAUUCCGAUGCAGAGACGGCCUUCAAUGGCGCAUGUUUUCGUCAAGACAGCACGUUCAAGCUGCUCUACUUUCCGCUCCAUGGCACUGCUUAUGCCCCGCGAUUGAUUCUGGCCAUGACAGGCGCAAAGUUUGAGAGCAUCUUCCCCACUGAUUGGGUUGCAAAGGAGCAGAAAAGUGUUCCGUUCGAGGUCCUUCCAGUGCUCUACGAGACCCUUCCAGCGAGCGCAGAGGGUGCGGAGGAUCAGAUCCUUGAGAUUCCUGAGAGCGAGGCGAUCGAGCGGUACUUGGCGCGCAAGUUCAAUCUCCUGGGCGAUACACCGUGGGAGGAGAUGAGGAUUGACGCGUUUGUGUCAUCGACAAAGACACUGAUCUACCUGGCUUUUUCGCGUGUCCCGACCGUCCGCGACCCUGUGCAGAAGCAGGAGAUGGUCGAGCAACUGCUUGAGAAGGCUAUCCCCAAGUGGGUCGGGCUCCAUGAAAGGUACCUGAAGGCCAAUGGCACAAACGGACAUUAUGUCGGACUCAAGCUUACAUUGGCUGAUAUUAGGGCUGUGAUUGUGAUUCAGAUGAUUCUGGCCCUGACCGAGAACCGAGUUAUUUCCGCAGAGUCGACGCCUGCGCUUUGGAAGUUGUGGCAGACGAUGAACGAGAUCCCGUCGUAUGUGAUCUGGAAAGAGAGCGCGGGCUACAGGCAGCUGGAUGCCGGCUACCAGAUAUUCAUCAAGACCCUUCUGCCACCCAAGGAGUGAUAAUUAUCGGGGACGCGGUGCGCUACCGCGCUCUCUAGAUAUUAGGCAGCUUUUGCACUAAAAACUGUUAAAAUAAAUAUCCAAUGGCGAGAAAAAAAAAGGAACGAUAGAAGAGUGGUCUGGAGUCAAGAGCAUAGAAGGACCGACCAUCGUAAAGUGCAGGGUGAAAUAUGGAUACUGAGAGGACUCGUAUCGCAUCGACCUUGACAUCUCAGAUGAGGCGAUCGACGGUACUUGAUCUGUCGGUGUUGCGCUACGGUUCCACAAAUCUCGCAUACAGG